ACAUAAACAUUAACAAUAAUCCAUUAUUCAGUCAGAAAAGUGCGUGUUUGGAGGGUUUUUUGGGGGACUAAGUUGGCGGAUGGAGCUGGAGGACGCGCUUACUGUAGGGAAGUUUCGCUUUUCGUGGCUGUGCGCGCUUGUUUUGCUUUGAGUUUUUGCUGUAAAGUGAAUCAGGAGUCCAUGAGAUUUUGGUAAGAUUUAUUCGGUCGAUAUGGAUACUAAACCUAUUUUACAAGACAGACCCCCCGCGUACAACAGCGUGCCCGAUGGUGCGUAUAGCCAGCAGCCAGCACAGCAUGGGUACGGAGCCAUACCCGCUGCGGCUCCCGUUCCUGGUCAAGCUGCCUACCAGAUGCCACCUCCACCAUACAACUUUCCUGCUGCACAGGGAUUUCCUGCCCAACCUGCCCCCAUAGAGGCUCAGCCAAACCUAACCACCAACACGUACACCAUCAUUCAACCAUCAGUCGUGGUGGUGGGAGGAUGUCCAGCCUGCAGGGUCGGGGUGUUGGAGGAGGACUUCACCUGUCUGGGGAUCAUGUGCGCCAUUUUCUUCUUCCCCCUGGGCAUUCUGUUCUGUCUGGCACUGCGGCAGAGGCGCUGUCCCAAUUGCGGAGCUACUUUCAGCUAGAUGGACCAAACUGCUGCCACCGCUCGUGGCCUAACGACCAUCGAAUUUCUCCAUUUCUUUCUCAUUUUAAAUCCAUGUUUUACUUAAGUAUGUUAAUAUACAUCAUUGCACAGCUUAUUUACUAUGAUAAUUCAGAUCACAAUGUAGAGUGACCAUAGGGUUUAUUCAUUGUUUCCCCACAAGCUAGAAAUGUACAGGUUAGUUCAGAGGAUGGUUUAAAUGUAACAUGCAUAUACAGCUGAUGUGAUCACACGUGCCUUUACGACGGCAGCGAUUUGAACUCUGCGCUAAUCGAAGAGACUUGCGAACCGGCGAUAGACGACGAUCAAGCAUUUAACUCCUAUUGCCUCGAUCAAACGAAAUCAUUUCGAUUACGACCUUGCUGCUUUGUGUCAUGUCCAUGUACCACAGCUUUCCUCAUUGUUUAUGUAAUGAUAUGAAUUUUCUGUGUAAUGUUGUGCUGCCUGCUGCUUCGCUCGUGCACGGUUGGGCAUCAUUACCAGAUCCCAUCAGCCAGUUCCCUGGACUAAACAUGUCCCUUUUUUCAUCCACCCUUAAAAAACUACCUGAGCGUGUUUCUAGAAGACCAAACAGCUUCCUUUACAGGCUUGUUUUAGUGAGGCGUCACUUUACCAUCAAUACACACUGUGCUGUAGAUGUCAGAUGUUUGAAAAUGAAAAUGGGGUGUCUCAUGGGAAGUGGCAUUGAGAUUCUCAGAUGUCUCCCAUUUUAGCGUAGCCAAUUUGUCUUCCGCUGCUGGGGGAUCCCUGACUGCAGUCGAGGUGGGUAUAUUGCUGCUCACGCCUCCUCCGACCCAUGUGCAGCCCUUAGAGGAACGCUUUUUCACCCGUGCACUCUGCACAUGCACCUCUCUAUCUGCUGAUCAGGGUCCUUACACAGCGUUUGAAGACCCCACCCACGUAGUCCGGUCAUCCCGCCCUAGCAGAAACGUAUAAUCCCUGCUAGAUGGCGCCCAGUUUCGAACCGAGGAGUUCAGAAUCUCGGCGCUGGUGUCCUAGCGGAAUAUCCCUGCUGUCCCGCCUGGGCGCAUUGAUACAGAUCGUUUUGAUACAGAGGGAUAUAGAUGCAUUUCUUUUUAAUAAGCCAGGACCACAAGUUACAAUACUGAUUUGAAGGUACUUUGGUUAUUACCCACAGCUAAAAAAAAUUAUAUUUAUAGCCCAAAGAUUAAAGAAAAAACACGCCUAGUGCUGGGAUUUCGAAUACAUCGUAUCGGAUCUCAGCUCUGCCCUCCGCCUGGGCUGGGAGACCACAUGAACAAUGAUUGGCUGUUGUUCAUAUAGGGGUGGGACGAGCCGGACCAGGCUUCCUCAUUACUGGUGCAAGUACGACCUCUGCUGGCUGCGCAGAGUUGGGAAUAAUGCUGAUCAGGGUGUGGCUCUCCGUACACGAGACUGAUCCGCAUAUGAACUCGCCUCGUAAGGGUGAAAAGAGGCACUCGGUACUGCACAUGUGUCGGAGGGGGCGUGUGUCAGUUGCGAAGCUCCUCGGUAGUAUCGGUAGAGGUGAAGCGUAACGCAGUCAGGGUAAUUUGAUACGACUAGAUUAGGGGAGAAAAUUAGGGGGAAUUUGGAAUGCUAAUGUUUAGACCUUAUUUUUACGCAAUAGUUUGGUCUUGCACGCAAUUAACGUUCCAGUUCAUCCCACCGGUGCUCAGUGGGGAUUAAGAUCAGGGCCCUGUGCACCAAACUUCUCAAACCAUGUCCUCAGGUUCACACUAAACAGCCUCCCACACUGUUGCCACAUAGCUGACAGCAUGACAUACACCUGUUAGCAAUGAACGUGGCUGAAACAUUUGAACUCGCUAAUUAAAAGUGGUGUCUACAUACUUUUGAAACCCCUCUUUUUCUCAGAUUUUCCCUUAAUUUUCUUCCCCAAUCUAGUCAUAUACAAUUACCCUGAUUGUGUUAUGCUUCACCUCUACCGAUACAACCCUCCACUGCUGACUGAGGAGCUUCGCAACUGACACACGCCCCCUCCGACACGUAUGCAGUACCGACUGCAUCUUUUCACCUGCACAAGACAAGUUCACAUGUGGAUCAGCUUUGUGCACGGAGAGCCACACCCUGAUCAACAUUAUUCCCCAACUGAAUUCUAGCAGAGGUCAUAAUUGCACCAGUUAUGAGGAACCCUGGUCCAGCUUGUCUUACCCUACGAACAACAGCCAAUCCUUGUUUAUGUAGACGCCCAGCCAGAUGGCAGAGCUGAGAUUCGAUACAAUGUAUUCCAAAUCCCAGCUCUGGUGUGCUAGCGUAUUUUACCACCAACUGAGCGGCCUUUUUAUGUUUUUUAAUUCGUUUAAUGUAUUCAUGUAUUCAUUUUCCCAAACUGACACGAGAGACACAACCAUCGUUCCUGUGCCAACGAAAGACAAUCAGAUGAAUGUGUACGUUUUUUUUUUUUUCUCUUGCUCACCUUUACUGUAGAAUAUAUUAUAUAAUAAUAAUAUGUACGUGCUGCAAUUAUUUUACGAUGUAAUUAAGAAUCAGGGGUAAUCGCUUUCUCUGCAUGUAUGAUCAGACUUUUUAUAAAAAGGAAUCCUGUAAAUAAAAUUCUACAUACUG